CCUAGUAAUCUAUGGUGGCGCCACCUAGAGAAUGAAAUGGAAGGCCUCGGGGCCUCUGCCUGGGGGUGUCCGGGCGACAUAGAACGUAAAGAAGAUGUGACAUGGUACUUAAAAACCUCACAGGUGGCGCUGGCGAUAGCCAUUAUCCGUUCAAAACCGCCAGAUAAAAGCAGCAAAGAAUAUGCAGAGCAGCUGGCCAAAGCGGUAUCUGGACAGAAUUCCAAAUGGAAAUUGCGAGUUGAAACUUUAGAAGCAGAAGUUCUUCAUUUAAGACGGCAGCUCCUUUUGAGGGAAGUUUCUUCAGGAUUCUCUGUAGAAAAUAGGACUUCAGGUGGUUUAGGUGAGGCUGUGCUGCCUUCUAAUACAGAAGAUUGCUCAGAUCAUUUUGAAGACUCUGGAUGUGAUACCUCAAGUGACCAUGUGGCUGAUACAUUAAAAACUUGCCCUAGUCUCAACUACAGGGAGCACAGCUCCGUCAAUUCUGUGUCUGAUGCUUCCUCAAAUACCCUUCCAAUAUUGACUUCUGUCUCUGCACAGAGCAGUAAGUCUUUGCUUUCCCAUAUACAGUUCCUACAAUAUUUCAUUGAACUGAGAAAACUGACAGAGGCUGGAGGUCUGAGAACAGACAUGAAAAAACUUGGGAAGGAUGGCUCCAUCAUAUUUGAUUCCUUUUCUCGGUUGAUCGAUGGCCUAGUCACUUUAUAUAGCCUUCCUGAACUCCCCUUUUCAGAUGUUGUGACUCAGGCAGUUUGUGUCAUAACCAGGUUAUUAAGUGAUGCCGAUUUGUCUUGUCUGAUUCUGGGAAGGUGUAUCAAGAAGCUAGAAGACUUUGUGAAAAGACUUGUAGCAAUUAUUUUGAAGAACAACAACCUCAAUAGGUUUCAGAUGCAGGAUUCUAUAUCCCAUGCCCUUGUUUUGCUUGGCCGAUGCAGCACUUUAAGGAACUUCACAGUAUCCCUGCUUUUCAGAGAAGUGACUCAGUUCGCUGAAGAGUUGCAACAUAUGAAUGAGAUGCAAGCCAAGUUCAGUGUCCAAUAUGAAAACAUUUUCUUUCUAUGUAGAGUAUUGGAACAACUUCUUGGAAGAGGAACAGAGCAGGAAAAAGCGGCUAGAUCAGAUUGUGAUGAGGAGAAAAAGAAGAUUCUACAGAGCCUUAAUCAGGCUGUGUUUCACCUCUCAGAUGAAUUCCCUCUGUUUUGUAUUUAUUUAUGGCGACUGGGCACCCUCCUGAAUGCAGCGCAAAUAGAAGCUGUUGAAAAAACCUCUCCAGCUUUAUAGCAAUACUUUAUUGCACUGAGAAGGAGGCAAACAGCAAUCAAGCAGUGUUUGCCACUGAAAGGACGUAGGUCAUCACAACAGGCGUGAAAUCCAUUUCCCGCACUGAUGCAGUUUCCACUUUGGCAUCCAAAAUUGCUUAGGUAGCUGGUGGGCAGUUUCACUGCCACAGUAGUGAAAGGUUUGUUCCUGUGGACAGAAUGUGAGGAACUUUGUUCUUAAAAUAAUUGUUGUAAUAAGCCAAAGUAGCUCUGAUUUUUUUAAAAAAAUUAAAUGUUCAUUUAAAACUAUAGCACAAUCUGGGGCAGAAAAUUCUUUACUGCAGUUUUAAUAUCUACAGGGCUUGACAACUGGAAUACUACGUAACAUAUCUUAGAAUGCCAUCUUCAAUAAGGACUAGAGAAAACUAAGUGAACAGAAUGUAUUGUCCAGAUACGGAUAAACUUGAAAAACAUGUUUCAUUUUAUAGCUUUAUCUUAAAAUUACUAUUUUUUGCUUUUGUUAAGUGUUAUUUAUGAACAGUACUGAAUAAAAACAUGUGGCUUUUUUUCUGAUACAUGUGAUUAAGGUGGAGGAAUGUGAAUUACUAUUAUACUAAAAUAAUACUGAAUCAUUCCAACUUACAAUACCAAGGAGCACGAGGCAGGAAAACCUGAAUAAAUAUGUAUAUAUUACCCAAAACCCAGUGGCGAUCUUUGCGCUGGACCUCAUAGCUUUCGUCAGCAUGAGGACUUCAUCCUUCCUCUUUCAGCUCCCAGCAGCCUCCUAACACCCUUCUUCAGAAACAAGGAAACCUUUUUGAUCUCUCUCUCUAUAUAUAGAUAUAGAUAUAGGCUCUUUAGAGCAGGUGGAGGGAAAGGAUAUCCCCAGCCUGGUAUCAUUGGACACCAGAAUCUCCAACUGGCUCUUAGGUGCAGCCAUUUCUUCAUAAACUCAAUUAGUAGCUAAAGAAUUGUAAAACAUCUGCUAAAGAGGAAAG